UGAGAUGAUAUAAUGGCUGAUAGUUGUGAUGGCAGGUGUAAGAUUCGUACCGGCCCGGUUUGUUGACAGAUAGCUAAGUAGCUCCGCCAUAAAGGUAUAUAUUUUGAUAAAACUGGAUCUAGAGUGUUCUAUUUAUGAUGCGAUAAAUAAACCAAAUUCUACACAGGAACGGAACGAGGGCACCCGUUUACGACUAUCGUAUGGGAAUAUCAGUUUCGAGUACCCGUAUAUGAGCCUGCAAUUUUGAUUUUAUAUCAUAAAAGCCAGUUGCGUGAUUUGGGUUUAGCAAAAUGGACUCCAAAGGACAUUUCUUAAUGUUCUCUAAAUUAUAAUUUAACUUGAAGAAGCACCUUACUUUGAUCGAUUUGUGAUCAAUACCAGUACAUUUGUGUUCAAUUUUUGUAACAAAAAAAGAGUUUGACGAAUUGACAAAAGAAUGACACCAUGACAUUAAUUUAUUGCUGUUGAAGGAGAUCUGUGUCGGUUGUAUUUUAUGAAUGAGAAGUAGGGGUUAUCAGGAAGAGAAAUAACUGUCUGGUCGCUGGCAAAUCAAAGAGUUGACGGAUUUUUUGUUCGAUGCGAAAGAGUUAUAUUUUAGAUAAGAGCAGCAAAAUAAGAUGGUGCAAUCCAAAUCAGAAUUCGAUGUUUGGGAUUGGCUGCUUUUCGGAGCCAUGUUGGCUGUUUCGGCAGGCAUAGGGAUUUUUUAUGCUUUCGUGGGUGGACGACAGAAAACUACUAGUGACUUCCUAAUGGGAGGUCGAAGUUUGCAAAUGAUCCCUGUGGCAAUUUCUAUCCUGGUAUCCUUUAUGUCGGCCAUUUUGAUUUUGGGAACUCCCGCGGAAAUGUACACCCAAGGGACGCAAUAUUUUUUGUAUUUGUUCGGACUAAUCCUGGCAGUUAUCCUGGCGUCUCAGCUGUUUGUUCCACUGUUGUACCCUCUUCAGCUUACGAGCUCGUUUGAAUACUUAGAACUGCGGUUUAAAUCUAAGGCUGCCAAACUUACGGGAACUAUAAUGAUGAUUUUACAACAGAUCAUUUACAUGGGUGUGGCUUCCUAUGCACCGUCCACGGCAUUAGAAGCUGUUACUGGGUUUCCUACGUGGGCGACCAUCAUCACAGUCGGCGUUGUGUCUACGUUCUACACCUUUCUGGGCGGAAUGAAAGCUGUUAUUUGGACUGAUGUUUUCCAGUCAAUCAUUAUGGUUGCUGGACUGUUAGCCGUUGUUAUUCAGGGCACAAUAUCCGUGGGUGGUAUCAACACUGUUUGGAAAAUCAACGACGAGUGGCAAAGAAUUGAAUUUUUUGAUUUUAACCCUGACCCCACCCAGCGGCAUUCCUUCUGGUCCCUGAUUGUAGGGGGUAUGGUGGGAUGGACUGCUACAUAUGGUGUUAACCAGGCUAGUGUACAGCGAUACUGCGCCCUCCCCACUCUAGCUAAAGCUAAAACUGCUGUACUGCUGAACAUUCUAGGUGUGACUCUCCUCCUCUGUGUGACAUGUGUAGCUGGGAUCGUGGUGUUUGCGUAUUACGUAGAUCAAGGCUGUGAUCCUUACACAAACAAAGACGUCAGCAACUCAAACCAGAUUAUCCCGUACUUUGUGAUGGAGACGCUCGGAUACCCGGGGAUUCCUGGUCUGUUUGUGGCCUGUUUAUUUAGUGGUGCACUCAGUACAAUGUCGUCUUGUCUGAAUGCGUUGUCAGCGGUCACAUGGAAGGACAUCUUGGAACCUUUCUUAGGAGAGAGGACAGAAACACAGAAAACCUGGAUCACGAGACUUCUGGUGGCCUUGUAUGGCGGGGCAGGAAUAGGAACUGCUUUUAUGGCAAUGAACCUGGGAGGGACAGUCCUUCAGGCUUCCUUGAGUUUUACUGGGGCUGCCUCCGGACCUUUGCUUGGGAUUUUUGUCCUCGGAGCCUUCUUUCCAUGGGCUAACUGGAUAGGUGCCAUAAUUGGUAGUAUCUUCGGGCUGGUACUUCCGUUCUGGAUCAGUAUCGGGGCCUACAGUGUAGUGGGAGCGCCUAAUCCACUUCCGUUUCCUACAGAGAACUGUACAAGUCCUGAAAACUCGACCCUCCUCACAAACAUGACAACGACGACCACUCCUGUCCCGCCAAUCGAGGGCCUGGAUGUCCUUUACACUAUAUCCUAUUUAUGGUACCCCUCCAUAGGGACAGCCACUGUCGUCAUUGUUGGUCUGUUUGUCAGUUUGUUCACAGGGUUGACGCCUAAGGAUGAUGUAGACAGUAAAUACUUGAUCCCUCUAUUUGACCGGAUCUUCUGUUGCCUGCCGGGAAAAUUCCGACGGUGUCUACGCUGUUACAUAGAAUACGAGGAUCCAGAGGAUAUAAAAGCAGAGAAGGAUCUAGAAUUUACAGUAGAUCCUGACAGACCAGUCAUCUUACCGAUAAAAUCCGAGAAGUACCGAGAGAAGAUGUACCAGAAUGAACCAAUAGGUGGUAUAUCAUACAAGUCUUUCUAUGUAUCUGAGAACGGGCAAAAUAACCCCGGGUUCGAAACAAUCGAAGCACCGCCUUCAUAUUCAGACGUCCAGGAAAAUGAUGGAGGGACGGCAAAGACAGAGUUAUAAUGAUUUCUCUUUACCUAUCAAAAUAUUCUGUGAUAAAGUCCAUUUGUAAAUCCUAUGUGUGGAUCUCAUCAGUUAUGAAAGUCUAUAUCAUUAUAAAUGUGCCUUUAUUGUGUGUCGUAUAUUGAUAAGAGACAUGUUAUAAGAACUGAACCUAGUUCUGUAAGAGUAUUGUAGUAGUCGGUAAUUGUGUAUCAUUCACGCAAUCACGUGACGGAGUGAUCCGACUUUCCGGAUCAUCACACUGCGGUUUUCUAAGUCCAUAUCACCUCUCCCUGAAACUGGUGACGUAGUACACCAUAUACAUGACGUUUCUUUUUUUUCUUGUUUUUUUGAAAAGUCUUUUGUCUAAUAGAUAAAAUUUGUUAUAAUUGA